AUGCUAGGCAACGACCCUGCUGCCACAGGGACAUAUCUGUGUGGGACAUACCUGGGUGGGACAUAUAUGUAUGGGACAGACAUGUGUGGGACAGACCUGUGUGGGACAUAUCUUUGUGGGACAUACUUGUGUGGGACAGACCUGUGUGAGACAUAUCUGUGUGGGACAUUCCUGUGUGGGACAUAUCUGUGUAAUACAGAUGUGUGUGGGACAGACUUCUGUGGGACAUAUCUGUGUAGGUCAAACCUGUGUGGGACAGACUUGUGUGGGACAUAUCUGUGUGGGACAGACAUGUGUGGGACAUAUCUGUGUGGGACAGACCUGUGUGGGACAGACCUGUGUGGGACAUAUUUUUGUGAGACAGACCUGGACCUGUGUGAGACAUAUCUGUGUGGGACAUUCCUGUGUGGGACAUAUAUGUGUGAGACAGACAUGUGUGGGACAUAUCUGUGUGAUACAGACGUGUGUGGGACAGACUUCUGUGGGACAUAUCUGUACCUGUGUGGGACAGACCUGUGUGGGACAGCCUUGUGUGGGACAUAUAUGUGUGAGACAGACAUGUGUGGGACAUAUCUGUGUGAUACAGACGUGUGUGGGACAGACUUCUGUGGGACAUAUCUGUGUAGGUCAAACCUGUGUGGGACCGACUUGUGUGGGACAUAUCUGUGUGGGACAUACCUGUGUGGGACAGACAUGUGUGGGACAUACCUGUGUGGGACAUAUCUUUGUGAGACAGACCUGUGUGGGACAGACCUGUGUGGGACAUAUCUCUGUGGGAUGCACUUGUGUGAGUCAUCCUUGUAUGGGUCAUACCUGUGGGGGAGAUACCUGUGUGGGACAGACAUGUGUGGGACAGACAUGUGUGGGACAGAGCUGUGUGGGAUAGAGCUGUAUUAA